ACACACAGAGAUAUCUAUUUACUUAUCUUUAGGACACUCUCAUUUCACUUCAUUCACCAUCACACAACACUUCUCUGCUUAUCCCUUUUCUUUUUCUCUAAAAUGUUCUAUUUCUAUGUAUACACAGUCUCUCUCCACAAACUGUGUGUGUGUGUGUCUAUGUGUGCGCACGCUCGCUCAUGUGCCUAUAAUGGGGGUAGGCAGGGUGCGUCAGGCUUUACUUGAACUAAUGGCUCCCAGGCGUGCAGCAUGGCCAGACAUACUGGAGCCGAGAGCAGAGAGAAGGAAUGCCACUCCAAAACCCAGCAUGAGAGGGGAGAGAUAGAGGGAGAAAGGGAGGGAGGUAGUGGGGAGUGCGUGGCUGGAAGAAGGUUGUGAAGAAUUUUGUUGGCAGGGAGGACAGUGGUUUUGGGUAGGUAAGACUGGAAUAUCUGCCUAGCUUUGAAUUCCUCCCCCCUAUGUGUUGAACAUCUGUGUAAACCGCCUUCUAUCAAUCCGCAUACCGUAUUAAAACAUAGUCAACAUAGGUUCUAUAAAAUGGAUUUUUUUUCCUGCUAAUUCUAUGAGCAGAUGUUUAUUGUUCUUUCAGAAUGCAGUCUAGCAGGAGUUCUAUGUUUUUGCUCUCAAUUUCCACUCACAGUUUUGAACCCGAGAUCACAGCCAUAGCUAAUGGAAACGGCACUGUUUUUUGAGAAAGAAGACUUAAAUAGGGAAACUUGAGGUGCCAGAUAAAACUCAGCACUGUUUUACUGGCAAUCAUUUUGAAUACCCUACUCAGCUUAUCUAUCAAUAACAGGACUGCUUUGAAGAGUGCAGUGCGGAUGAACAGACAGUACUGCUGACUGAAUGAUGAGCAGAUUGAAAUCUGAUUUAAAUUAACAAACAGCAUUGUUUUGCCAACCUGAGAAACAUGAGAAACUUCAGUUAUCACACCUAUGGCAAAUUGGGCAGUCUUAAAAGUAAUUCUGACUUAGAGUGUCAAUUGAGAUACUUUUGUCUUCUCUGUUUCUCACACUCGUGUAUUAUGCUGUCUUACAUUUUGUAUGCAAAUUCUAUAGCCCCACCCACACACAUUGUGUAACAUCACAUGUGUGCACAUCACCUCACAUUUAUGGGUCCUGAACUUUUCAGGGGUGAGGCCUAUAGCUCUUUAUUAGCAUGUAAAUGAAAUCAGUUGGCGUAAACGCACAUUAACUCGGGGCUGUGAGCAUUGACCCCGCUUGAUUGAGUUUGAGUUACUUGCACCCAUUCUGUAGCUCUUAUUUGAAUGAAUUUAGCUUUCUCCAAACAGAGUGACGUAACCUAGACUGGUUUGGUAUUUAAAACAUGAAUAGAUUUCAGUAGACUGAAAUCUCGUGUAAAUAAUCAGUAAGAUAUUGAAGAGCUAAUCAUGGCUACAGACUUAAAUGAGCAGUAGAUGGGAUUUGUAGGGUGGAGAAGUUUUCACAUGUGGGAGUUUGUGUCCUCACAUGCAUUUCACCGUGCUCCCUCGCAGCCUGGGAAGAGGAACACUUCGCAUGUGCAGCUGUGUGAAGUUUGGCUGCACAGCUGUUUCCACCGUCUGUGUAUGUGUGUGCUGUAUGCUCUGCACACACAUCCUAACGUAGUCAUGCUGGAAAUAUAGACAGUGAGUUGAGGAUUAUGAUCAGCCCCCUCUCUGUGCAUGUGCUUUUUCUGAAGAUUUUUGUUUCAUUUUUCAAGUGUGUGUGAAUGUUUGCAGUGUUUGUUUUUUUAAAAAAACUAAGAAACCAUUGAAUUCUGCAGUACAGUAGCAAAAUACUGAUAUUUUUACAUCUAAUCCUAUUCUUAAUCUCUAUCAAAAAAUAAAUCUUUUGCCUUUUAGUUUUGCAAAUGAGUUUUUUAAGGACCAUGCAAAAGUGCUGACAAUCUAGAAAUUAUUGCGUAUUCUGAUCAAUAUGGGGACAUUUGCUCCACAUAAAAGGGCUUUAAACAUGCAGCAAACACACACUUGGUGCGCAGGGCCAGGGGAAGACAUUAAAGAGAUUCACAGAUGCUCUGUGAAGUGCGCACUCAUUAUUUAGCAGUUUUCCUUUUCGCAAGUACACUUUGAGUAUUUAGUAGUUGUUUUGUGCCUCAUUGCUCCUCUCUGACUCUUGAAACUAAGUCUGCAAAAUAGACAUCUAACACCUUAUAAUGGACUGCUUGUGUUUCUUUGACACAUCAACUGUGUUUGUUUAGCUCUCCUCCUGCCAAGCACUAAUGCCAUAAGAAUAGUAUAUACUAUUAUUUUUCUUUAUCAGUGGGGUAAAAGGUGAACAUCACAGAUGGGUUAAUGAUUAAUUUCAACAAUAAAAAUCUUUUUUUCUUAAAUGUAGGUCGCUUUAAGUGCACAGCACUAUGGUAUAUUGUCAGGUCUCAUUAUUUGGGGUGUUUCAUUAAGUGACCCGUCUCUCCCCCUCUUCCUGGCACAUACUUUGUUUGACCUUUUAGUGCCAGAACAAUUAGUUAUGUUAAUCACCAAACCCGCCUCACUAAAUACAUUAAAUAGAUUAUCAGCUGAUUGGCCAGGAGCCACCAAGUGGGCGUGUUGUUAGCCCAGCCGGCUACGCUUCAAGUGAGCAUCGUGAAGUGGGGGAAGUGUGUUUUGUGUGUGUGUGUGUGUGAGAGAGAGAGAGAGAGAGAGAGACAGAGAUGGAGAGAAAAACAAAGUGAGAUUGUUAAGAGAGGUGAAACAUUUGGAUAGCUGAGCAACAAAAGAACGAAAGGAAAAAGAAAGUGGAGCGACAAAUAGAGCUACAACGCAAGUGAGAAAGGAAGUGAGAGAGAAAUAAAGAAGUCUUUCUGAAUCUCCUCGCCCAUCUGGACUCCAUCUGUGUUUCUCUGGCUGCAAGUGGAGCUUGGACUACAGCUCACAUAUGCAGGGGGCUUAGACACAUGCCCCACAUAUGAAGGAGAGAAAAGGGGAGCGAUAAGGAGCAGUAAACAAGCUAAACCAAGGGACUCACUUGUUUUUGGAAUAAGGAAGAAGGGGGGAAAAAAAGGACCGUCCAGAGAGGUGAGACAGUGGAGAGAAGAAGGUUCUUGCCAUGCCCGGUUCUCCAGUGGAUGUAAAGACUCAUUCCAGACCGGCAGUAUCCGCCAUGCCCCCUCUUCCCUCAGUCAACCCCAGUGGGCCCCGGCCUGCUGCCUUUUCUUCCACAGCAUUGACCAAUGGGAUGAACCAUUCUCCACCAACCCUCAACGCUGUCCCCUCCCCACCUCAGCGCUACAGUAAUGGGCCAUCCUCAUCCUCUUCCUCUUCAUUGGCCAAUCAGCAGCUUCCAGCAACAUGCGGUGCUAGGCAGCUUAGUAAACUGAAGCGGUUCCUCACUACAUUGCAACAGUUUGGCAACGACAUCUCACCUGAGAUUGGAGAAAGUGUGCGGAGCUUGGUCCUUGCCUUGGUGAAUUCCACAGUCACUAUUGAGGAGUUUCAUUCCAGACUACAAGAGGCCACUAAUUUCCCUUUAAGACCAUUUGUCAUCCCUUUCUUGAAGGCAAACCUACCAUUGCUGCAGAGAGAGCUGCUCCAUUGUGCACGAGCAGCUAAGCAGACUCCUGCACAGUAUCUGUCCCAACACGAGCACUUGCUGCUCAGCACAGCUGCACCUUCUCCCGCAGACUCCACCGAGCUACUGCUAGAGCCAAGCGACAACAGCAAGAGACACAGUCCUAGCAGAGCCAAAGAAAAUGGCUUCCAUGAGCGACCCCCAGCGCCAAUAGAGCCUCCAGCCAAGCGGAUCUGCACCAUAAGCCCCGCCCCCAGACACAGCCCUGCCCACCCCAUGCCACUCCAGAUUCACCCAACCCCACCCCCUCUCCAGCACUACGCCCUGGAUGACAUCAGCACUCCACACCUGUACAGAGAGCCCCAUCGCAUUCUGGAGCUCAGAGAACUGAAGGAUAGGCCGCGACUUCCAGGUUCUAACGGGGGCUACCAUGAGGAGCCAGUCGACCACAGACUGACUGAGAGGGAAUGGGCUGAUGAGUGGAGACAUCUAGACCAUGUGCUGAACUGUAUCGUGGAUAUGGUGGAGAAGACAAGACGUUCAGUGAGCGUCCUGCGGCGCUGUCAGGAAUCAGACCGUGAGGAGCUCAACUACUGGCGACGGAGGUCCAGUCAGCUCGAUGGUGCACGCAAGAGCGCUGCAACUCCCAGCACUGUGUCCUUCUCCAAAUCGCAUAGUCCUCUCUCUGCUGAUGUUGUCAGCGCCGAUCCUCAGCGGGAGCUCUCUCUGCAUGCUGGCCCUGGCUAUGUGCCUGAUGAGAUCUGGAGGAAAGCUGAGGAAGCAGUCAAUGAGGUGAAGCGGCAGGCAAUGGAUGAGGUGCAAAAGGCUGUGGCAGAGGCAGAGCAGAAGGCCUUUGAAAUGAUUGCAGCUGAGAGAGCCAAGAUGGAAAAAACCCUGGCUGAGGCCAAAAGGAAAGCCACAGAAGAUGCAAUUCAGGUCAUCAACGAACAAGAGGACUCCAGUGAGUGCUGCUGGAACUGUGGCCGGAAGGCAAGCGAGACGUGCAGUGGGUGUAAUGCGGCUCGCUAUUGCGGCUCUUUCUGCCAGCACAAAGACUGGGAGCGUCACCACCUGAUCUGCAGCCCAGGCCUGCAGGCACAACCCAAAGCAGUGUCCACCCUUAACACACGCGUCCUGACCAAAGCCCCUGAGAGCGGCCCAGCCCAGAGCCCCAGCCUGGAAAAAACCUCCAACACCUCACGAGCCUCUACCCCUCCAAGCCCCUCCUCAGCCUCCACCCCUGACACUAACACACAUUAGAGGAAAAACUAAAGAAGAGAUAUGGACAUAUUACAUCUCAGUGACAUGAAAAAGGCUAUAAACAUCAGAAAACCAUGCAAAAGGAGCCAAUUUAAUACAUGCAGUUAUUGGGUAUUUCACACAAAUGAUGUGAGUAAUGGCUCAUUGUUUUCAGUUGGACAAAAAGACCAUUCGGAUAUUUCUUUUGCUUUAAGUAAACAAUGUGAAAAUCACUUUCCUGGAAAGUAUAGCAAUGUUCUGUGUUCACCAUUCAAAGAAUAGAAAGAUGGCUGUAUCUCAUUACUGACCAUUAUACUGGUUUUUAAUGAUUCUUCUUGCACAAAACAUGUCAGUCAUUUUUGUGUGUGCGUGUGUGUGCAUGUUUGUGUAUGUACACAUGUGUAUGUUUCUACUGCAUGUGUUGGACAAUUUGAUUGCUUGUAGAGCAAUGUCUAGAAGCAGGAACACCAUUGCUGGCCAUGCAGCAAUACAGUUGUGAUCCAGCGAGCUUACAUGUCAGCAUAUAUUAAUUUUAUACGAGUCUGUUUUUGUUGGGUAAAAGUGAUAUAUAACAACUUAGCAGACAGCAAACAAACAGUACAACGGUACGACAACUAACUUGCAUGAAUUCAUGUUUCUGUAUUGAGCAUGGCUACCAAACCCUGGGGAGUAUUUCAUGAAGCGAGUUAAUAAAAUCCAGGCUUAUUUGAAAUAGUCAGGCUUAAUCUAGCCAGACAGAUCACUCCAUGCUCUGUGCAUUCCAAUAGCGAACUUCAGCUGUGGACCACCUUAGCUGUGAGGUGGAUUUAUUGCAACUUGCAAAUGAUAGGGAUGGUCCUGUCCCAAAAUGAUCUAGGUGCUGUGCGCUCUUGGCUAUGGGCUACAUGCUCCCUCGUCCACUUGAUUUUUAAGAAACAUAGUUGAUCAUGCAGUACUUCUCAGUGUACGAUUCAUUUUAUAGCUUACAUUUUGGCCAAUGUAGAUUACCUGCAUGCUAAUAAGUUUCUGGCCUACUAAUGGCUUUUAUAUGUUAUGAAUAUCCAAGUGAAUGAACAUAUAAAAUGUUUUAUGAACCUAUAGUAUGUAGGCUACUUUUUUUUUUUUUUUUUUUUAAAUGUCCUUAAUAAAGCUUCUUAGACUGCGCAGUGCAUCAUGUAAUAAGAGAUUUAUUACGUUUGCGGCAAUUUAAUUGGGCACCAGAUAAACUUAACCAUUAGCCUGCCACAGAGCAGGCUUCUUCAAAAGCAUCUCCUGCCAUAACUGAGCAGGGCUUAAGAUUAUUGAAGAAAGUGACAAAAUUAGCCAGGCUUGCUGAAAUAAGCCUGGCUUAGCAGAUUGGCUCACUUUGUGCAAUACUCCCCCUGGUCUAGAGGGUCCAGGCUGCAGUGAAAACACAUCUGUUACAAAAAUUUGUCCUCAGGACACAGAUCUUGUGGCCACUAUGUAAGAUAACAGUAUGUUCCCAGCAAAAUGUGUCAGUUAUGUGCUUGCAGGUGACUUUAUCUUCUCAGGUUUUAUUUUUUGUUGGACUAUUGUGUGUGAAAAUCCCAGGAAAUCAGUUUCUGAGUCUGGUACCAACAAAAAUUGUCAUAAGCUUGUUGGUUAAAUGUGAAAAUUAAAAAUUGGGAACUUCAAGUUCAACUUGGGAACAAUCUGAUUCAAACUAAUUUAACAUGGCUAGGGCUAGGUUUCAUUUAAACUGUUAAACUUUUGAGACUUAAUGUUUUCUUCUACAAAAUGUUCAGUUUGGGCAGUUUACAGCUCGUUCUUUCACAACUCUUCCACAAAGAAAUACUCGAGAUUAAUUUUGGAUGAUAAUCAAAAAAUCAUGACCUUACUAUUAUGAGGUUCUGUCUGGAUUAAGAAUGAAUGGGAAACAGAACCUUAUAAUACUAAGAUCAUGAAAUUGCCCUUGAUAUUACUUGAUAUCAUUUUAUACUGUGGCUUACAGAUCUGUGAUGGGUGGCAUUAACUCGCCUCUUCAGGUGAUUUGACCCCAAUACAGAAAUGUCAUACCAUUGUGUCAUAUUUGAUUAACUGCAUAAUUAACUUUGUGUAAUAUGAUCCUUCAGUGCCAGGUUUAGAGCUCUGUGAAAUUAAUGUUAUGUUUUCUGGUGUUGCCUGUAAGUGUUGCAACUGAAUCUAUUUAAAUCUCAGGAGUACAUUGUAUGUAAAUAAGUUUAUUCCCUUGUUCACAUUUAGAGAGGCUAGAGUUUAACCUUUUUGCCAGAUUGGUGUCAACAUUCUUUUCACAUUUUAUGUAACAAAAUAAAUUCCAUUAUUUUUUCAUUAUGAAAUGACUUACCUGUAAAAUAUGAUUAUAAACAAAAAGAUCUGUAUUUUGUGAGCCAUGUGUCACUAAAACGUUUGUUUCUCACAAGACACAAAGAGAAUCUUGAUAUGAAGUAGUAAUAAAGAAAUAAGUACAACA